AUGACGCUAGAGCAAGAAGGCGUUACCAUUGCCUUAGCCGCGGUAAAGGUCACAGCUACCAGGCCUACUGAAAAAAAAAAAGCAACAGAACAGCAUAACGAAUUUCUUAACAGCUUAUCAGCAUUGAAUGCGGCACAGAAGCCAUCAGAAAGAAGCACCCAGCGCCCCAAAGAAAACAGUUUUUAUGGUCAGGAAGGUUGUUGCAGGCGACCCGGAUUGAGAAAGUGCUGGAAAGAGCAAAGUGCACGGAGCAGGAAUCCUCCAGAGCUUCGUCUGGAGAAGCCGAGAUUCCCGCGGGGCACCCUGCGGAGGAGCCGCACCGGAGCCCUAGCCCAGCGGGACACCCUACCCAGCGGGGCGCCGCCCUUCCUCGCUCAGUCUCCAAGGCAGCGGAACUGGAAAGCGAAAGCAGAAUUGCCCGCCGCCCUCCUGAGGCCUUGCGCUGCUCGAACGUCUCUUCCGUGCCAUGGCAAGUCGCUUUCCCCGGGGUCAAGAUGCAGGGAGGCGCGCUGAGGGUCCCCGAGCACGUGUCCUCGAUCGCGCGCCCUGAAAUGGCCGUCGCGGGUGCGGCAGGCAUCAGCAUUGAAGGCCAAAGACCCCGCAGUUCCUGAGAGAACGGUUGUAGUCUCUGGUCUUCCACCUGGUCUUUCAAAGGACCAGUUAGUGAAGCGCUACUUCCAAGAUGAGGCUGGACACGUGGAAAAGGUGAUAUAUCAGUCAAGAUCCAAAGGAGUUGCAUAUAUCAUAUUCAAGGAAAAGAAAGUUGCACAGAGUGUCAUCAGACAAAAGCAGUGCCCUCUUGCCUCCAAGCCUCAGCUCACGGUCUCCCACUUCAGUGAAAAGGUCUUCAACUACGUGAUGGCUAUUCUUGAUCUGUCUGUUUUUCGGAAUCAGAUUGUGCUAGAAAUCCUAAUAAUGGACCUGAAAAAGAAAAUGCCAACUUUAAACUUCAGCGCACUGGGACCCAGUGGGAAGAUCUCUGUACGAGGUUCAUUUCUGGACAUCAUGAAACUCAAACAGGCUUUGAUAUCAAAAGCCAUCUCCCCUUUAGAAAACGAUAGGAAUUAUGCUGGUGAAAGGAGAAGCUGGAAUAGACAGGCGCCUAGGAGGGUCCUCCAGAGAAGCGAGAGCCCUGCAGCGACCCUAGGGAGCUCUGAAUCCGAACCUGCCAGCAGCCGAGGCACACUGGUGCUCGAUACAGAUAUUUUCCUUUACCUGAAAUACAAGUGUGAGUUUUAUGAACAGACACUGCACAAAUACCACAUCAUGUGCCAGGAGAGGGUGGAUGGUGAGGUCACCACUAUUUGUCUACAAGAUGUUUGUGACAGGCCAUGCCCUAGCAGUGUCAGACACGUGAAAGAGCUCAUUGAGGAGUGGGCCCAGGGCCUCCACCUUGAACUCAGGAAAGAGGUUUUAGUUUUGGAAGGAAGAGGAGCUAGAGAGAAAAGAAAUAUUAAGCAGGUUUCUGAACAGCUGUGUUGCACAUAUCCUAGAGUUUUGAUUAAUGUUCACAGCACACAUAUUGACAUUACAGGGCCUUCUUCUGACACGUACCUAUUUAAGACACAGCUCAUGAGAUGUGCAGGGCACAAGGUCACUUGAGGUCUCAGCCGCCGCGAUGGUGGUUGGUUUCCCUGCUGAGUGAAAAGUGACUGUGCUUGCUUCUCAUCUCACCCACCUUUCAGUGUGUGCAUCAUUGUCUUCUCUCAGAGGAGAAGAAGAUAGGACUUAGGGAAAUUAAAUCCCUUAUCCAAGGUCUCUCAGCUGACAAGGAAUGGGACUGGCAUUGAAUAAAAAAAUAAUACCUAAAGCAAGCUUUGAGAAAAGAGCUCACUUAACGUUGAAGAAAUCUCUUUCUCUGCAACCC